AUGGGCGAUAAAUACCUCGAGGGGUUAGUUGCCCACGUGAACGAAGGUCAUGCCGCAACCACAAAUGCCAGCAUGGCCGUUGCCACUUUUAAUUUGCCGUAUGAAAUAACACGAAGGAUGAGGACACUUGGUGUUAAGGCUGACAAAAGCUUGAUCACAAGCCCCUCUUGGCGUCGUCUUCAAGAAUUGUAUGAACUCCACGGGGAUGAAUCUAUCUUACAGCAUUUUGAGGAUGACAAAGAUCGGUUUACGCGCUACUCACUGGAGGUGGAUUUGAAGGGCGAUGACAAAAACUUUCUGUUUCUGGAUUACUCAAAGACUCAUAUGAAUGAUGAAAUAAAAGACACCCUGUGCAAGUUGGUUGAAGAAAGAGGCGUUCGUGCAUUUAUGCGGGCAAUGUUUAAUGGCGAGAGGGUCAAUACGACCGAAGGCCGUUCGGUGCUGCAUAUUGCUUUGCGUAAUCGCAGCAAUCGUCCUAUUUUCGUUCACGGCCGGGACGUUAUGCCUCUGGUAAACAAAGUUCUUGAACAGAUGCGGACAAUGUCAGAAAAGGUUCGAAGUGGUGACUGGAAAGGUCAGUCAGGAAAGUCUAUUCGUCAUGUUGUAAACAUUGGGAUUGGAGGCAGUGAUCUGGGCCCUAUGAUGGCAUGUGAAGCGUUGAAGCAAUUUUCAGAUCGCAACAUAUCCAUGCAUUUUGUUUCCAAUAUUGAUGGAACCCACUUAUCUGAAGUGUUGAAAUUGGUCGACUUGGAAUCUACCCUUUUUAUCAUCGCCAGUAAAACCUUUACUACACAAGAGACCAUUACAAACGCCCUGUCGGCACGAAAUGAGUUUUUGAAAUUCCUGAGAUCUCGAGGUAUUCCAGAAGCCGGUGCUGUUGCGAAGCACUUUGUUGCACUCUCAACGAAUACCGAAAAAGUCAAGGAGUUUGGUAUUGAUGAAGCAAAUAUGUUUCAAUUCUGGGACUGGGUUGGUGGUCGGUACUCAUUGUGGUCCGCCAUCGGUUUAUCUGUCAUGAUCUCAAUUGGAUACGACAACUUUGUGGAGUUGUUAACUGGUGCGCAUGUGAUGGAUGAACACUUUAUCAAUGCGCCUACUGAAAACAAUCUGCCUAUUAUUCUGGCUUUGGUUGGUAUUUGGUACAACAACUUCUUCGGCGCUGAAACUCACGCAAUCCUGCCCUACGAUCAGUACCUAUGGAGGCUACCAGCUUACCUGCAACAACUUGACAUGGAAAGCAAUGGAAAGGGCGCUACCAAGAAUGGACGAGUGGUAGCAACGCAUACUGGCCCUAUUAUAUUUGGGGAAGCCGGUACGAACGGCCAACAUGCCUUUUAUCAACUUAUUCACCAAGGGACAAAGCUGAUUCCGUGCGAUUUUAUUGGCGCAAUACAAACGCAAAACCGUAUUGGAGAUCACCACCGGAUUUUGAUGAGCAACUAUUUUGCCCAGACGGAGGCACUGAUGCUUGGCAAAACCCCUGACGAGGUUGAACGAGAACUAAAGGCAGCUGGAGGAAGUUCUGAGUCUGCGAUUCAUUCCUUGAUACCACACAAAACUUUCACUGGGGGCCGCCCAAGUAACUCUUUGUUGGUCAAGGCGCUCACUCCACGGGCAUUGGGCGCCAUACUUGCUAUGUAUGAGCACAAGGUUCUUGUCCAAGGAGCGAUUUGGGGGAUUAACAGCUACGAUCAGUGGGGCGUGGAACUGGGGAAGGUACUGGCCAAAUCUAUUCUUCCGCAACUUCAGCCCGGCAAAAGUGUUUCGAACCACGAUUCCUCCACAAAUGGCCUUAUUGGGUUGUUUAAUGAGCGAUCCCACCUGUGA